GGAGGCAGAGGAGGAAGGAGCAGAGGAAGCAGAAGGAAGCACUGCAGGAAGCAGAGGGAAGCUCGGAGGAAGGACCGGAGAAAGCACCGGGAAUCUCAGGAGCAGGACGGGAGGAAGCAGAGGGGGAAGGACCGGAGGAAGCGGAGCGGAGCUCGGCGCCGCCCCGGAAGGCGCGCCGUGCCGUGCUAUAUCGUGCCGUGCCGUGCUAUAUCGUGCCGUGCCGUGCUAUAUCGUGCCGUGCCGUGCCGCAGCCAUGGUGGUGCUGAGCGCGGCGCGCUGGGUGCGCAGCCGGCUCUCGGAUCGCUUCUGGAGGGUGCAGGAGGUGCUCAAGUACGCUCGGCAUUUUCGUGGCAGGAAGAACCGCUGCUACAAGCUGGCAGUGAAGAGCGUCCGCAGGGCUUUUGUGAGAUCCACCAAGGCCAGGAGGGAGAAGAAGAGAUUCCUCAGAGCACUCUGGAUCACAAGGAUUGAAGCAGCUUCCCUUGAACAUGGUUUGAAGUACCCAGCCUUCAUCAGCAACCUGCUCAAGUCCCAGGUGGAGCUGAACAGGAAAGUUUUGGCUGACUUGGCUAUUUAUGAACCAAAGACAUUCAAAUCCCUGGCAGCUUUAGCCCAGAGGAGGAGGCAGGAAGGGUUCCUGGCUGCCCUGGGAGAUGGAAAAGAGCCAGAGGGAAUAUUUUCACGUAUUGUGCACCACCACUAUUGAUCCCAGAGUCUGUGUACGUGUUUGAGAAGCAAACCUGCCGUGGGACUGCUGCUGAAAUGGAAAAUGUGAAACAAAUCCUCUAAGGAUCUUCUCCUUGAUGCAAUUUUCCCUGUGUUGUUGUCACUGAAAGCUGUUAAAUGAAAAUAUAAUAAAGGUUGUUUUUUUGGUUU